AUGGCCAGGAACCAAAAGCAAGCUGUUCUCUUAGUGGCACUUCUGUGCCUGAACCUGUGUACCUGCGUGAGCCCCAUGCCAAUCUGUGCCUACGGACAUGCUGGCUGCCAGCUCGUGUCUCUGGCUAAUCUCUUUGACAGGGUCAUCCAACACUCGGCGAGGAUGCAUGGGUUGUCCAGCGACCUGCACUCGGAGCUUGAGAAAUACGUCCUGCCUGGGAAAAACCAAAUUGGUAGUGUAUAUCGCAAGUGCCACACAUCCAGCAUAUUAACUCCUAAUGGCAAGGAAACGGCUCAGAAACUGGCUCAUGAGGAAUUAACAGAAGUAAUUCUCAAGCUGCUGACGGCCUGGAAGUAUCCUCUGUCCCUGCUGCCCGAGACCAUGUCUGAGCAACAAGACUUCAUCAGCAGUAAAGCACUGGAGAUGAAUAACAUAGCUCUUGAGCUCAGGCAAGGAGUGGAGAAAGUCAUGGAGAAGAUGCAGUUGUUGGGGAUGUUCAGUUCCCCAAUGAAUAGCUUCACCCCUCCGGACGAUUUCUUCCCUGCCAGUGGAGAGGCCAUGAGUGAAUCCGAGCUCCUCUACUGCUUCCGCCGUGAUUCGGACAAGGUUCAGAACUACCUGAAGAUCCUUAAAUGCAGGCUUGUAGCUGGUCAAGGCUGCUGA